AGCAGCCUCCGCCCUCCGCAGCGCAGAACGCCGGAGCACUAGCCGCGCCAUCCCGCCCGCCCGCCCGCCUUCGGCUUGGUUGCGCCGCGGCUGGCCGUGCCUCCUGACUGCUUGGCGGGUGUGCCCUUCCUCGCCGCGCCCGUCGCCGGGAUGAGGGUGAAGGUGAUAUCGCGCUCCACCGACGAGUUUACGCGGGAGCGCAGCCAGGACCUGCAGAAAGUAUUCCGGAAUUAUGAUCCAGCACUUCGCACUCAGGAGAAAGCGGUCGAGUACACUAGGGCUCUCAAUGCUGCCAAGUUAGAGAAGAUAUUUGCUAGGCCAUUUAUCGGAGCAAUGGAUGGCCAUGUUGAUGCUGUAUCAUGCAUGGCGAAAAACCCCAAUUAUUUGAAAGCAAUAUUUUCUGGCUCAAUGGAUGGGGAUAUUCGUCUAUGGGACAUUGCUGCAAGGAAGACAGUCUGCCAGUUCCCUGGACAUCAGGGUGCUGUGAGGGGUUUGGCGACAUCUACUGAUGGUGAUCUAUUGGUAUCUUGUGGUGUUGACUGCACUGUUCGAUUAUGGAAAGUCCCUAUGCUCAAGAUGGUAAACACUAACGAUGCUAUUGGAGAUGCUUCUCAGCCUUCAGCAGUGUACACCUGGAAGCAUGCGUUUUGGGGUGUUGACCACCAGUGGGAUGGCAAUCUUUUCGCAACUGUAGGUGCUCAGGUUGAUAUAUGGGAUCAGAACAGGUCAGAGCCAAUAAAUAGCUUCGAAUGGGGUAAAGAUACAGUUCUGUCUGUGAGAUUUAAUCCUGGAGAACCUGAUGUUUUAAUUACAUCAGCUAGUGAUCGGAGUAUAUCACUUUAUGAUCUACGCAUGUCAUCCCCAGCUAGAAAGCUAAUCAUGAAGACAAGGUGUAACUCCAUAUGCUGGAACCCCAGGGAACCUAUGAACUUCACUGCUGCCAAUGAAGAUACAAAUUGUUAUUCCUUUGAUGCUAGAAAGUUGGAUGAAGCCAAAGUUGUUCACAAGGGCCAUGUUUCAGCAGUGAUGGAUAUUGAUUAUUCACCAACAGGGCGUGAAUUUGUUACAGGUUCCUAUGAUAGAACAGUACGGAUCUUCCAAUAUAAUGGUGAUCAUAGCAGGGAGAUAUACCAUACCAAGAGGAUGCAAAGGGUGUUUUGUGUGAAAUACACCUAUGAUGGAACCUAUUUGGUUUCUGGCAGUGAUGAUACAAAUCUUCGGCUGUGGAAAUCCAAAGCUUCAGAACAGUUGGGAGUUCUUCUUCCAAGAGAACGCAGAAAACAAGAAUACCUAGACGCUGUUAAGGAGCGGUAUAAGCAUCUUCCAGAAGUGAAGAGGAUUGUAAGGCAUAGGCACUUGCCUAAGCCAAUCUACAAGGCAGCCAACUUAAGGCGAACAAUGAUUGAAGCAGAAAACCGUAAAGAAGAAAGGAGGCGUGCACACAGUGCCCCUGGGAGCAUGCCUGAGCAGCCCUUCAGGAAGAGAAGAAUCAUCAAAGAGGUUGAGUAGGGAAUGGAAUCUGUGUAGCACGAAGCCAAACGCAGCUAUAUUACAGGUCCAUCUCACUGCACGCAAGCAGCUAGAAGUAGGUUUACGCUUCAGUUUAGUGCUGUUUUUUUUUUUGCCUGCUCAUUUUUGUUGUAUCAUAUCAUUUUGCCUCUGCGAUUUAUAUGCCUUCUCGUUCUGCAUCUCACCUUUUGGGUAACCUGUGCAACAGCUAUGUUGAAUUGAAGCACGUCCACACUGAAUGUUGGCUGUGCUUGGAACCUGUUAUUGUGCAAUGUCACUACUACUGUCGUUAGCAAGUCAAA